AAUACCGAGUGUUCUAUGAUGUUAUUAUAUAUGGGUUAACUUCUGGCACACUUCAGAAAACCUUCAUAAGAUGUGUUAUUAAAUAUUAUAAUGGAAUUUUCUAUACAAGUACACUUCUAGCACAUGUGGCGCCAUCUGGUAAUUUCCUGAUCAACAAUUUUGGCUUUUUUAAGCUAAUUUUUUUUCGAUAACUAAUAAUCACUGUCUACUUUUUAUAACCAAUAGAAUUUUUGACUCCGCCCUUCAUGUCUAAAAUUUCCAUAAUACAUCUCCAAACUCUCAUUUCAGUUUCAGACUUCAUAAGAUGUGUAUCUCUUCUGGCGAUCAGUUUUCAAGUGUUUAUUCUGUGAUGGCGAGAACAAGACCUCAAUAUGAAAGAUUAAUUCAAACCUAUGAGUCCUCACUGGAUUACUUUACAAACAGAGCUCGUCCAUAUGUUACCAGAUUAAGACAAUUUGAGUUUGACCUUAGUGAUUGGUACAUUCCAUUCAUUCGAGAGGAUUUAGAAGCCUCACUCAGAAUAGUUCGUGAAAGAAUAAUGCCUGAUUUUGAUGACCCUGCAUAUGAGUACGCUGUCGAGUUGAGAAGAAUCGAUAUAUUCAGGACUCAAUUAUUACAUCAUUUACGUGUAUUACAAAGAAAUCCAUUAUAUAUUCCAGAUUUCAUUCAAGGUCCAUAAUCUGUAUAAGCCCUGUAUCAAUAUCAAAUACACUAAAUACACUAAAUACACUAUAUAUGACUCAUCAAUAAAAAUGAAAUUUUAAAAUUCAAAAAAAAAAUGUGUCCCGCUCUUUUCUCACAUAUAAAUACCCCUGAUUCAGUUUCCCUUUAUUCAUUUCUACUUCAAACUUCAAUGUGUCUACUUGUCCUCUUAAUCUUCCUAGUUAUUCUUGUUAUUAUCGUGUACUUUUUAAAUAUCUAUUACCAUGUCUAUAUGCCCCCAGAAUUACGAGUCGCUUAAAUAUGAAAUAAAAUUAAUGGUGAGUCUCUGGAAUCUUAACGGAAAAAUCAAUAUUACUGUUGAUAAUUCAAAACGUAAAAAAGCUUAUAACG